UGAUUUUAUUAACGAUUCCGCCGCUAUAAAUUUGAAAGGUAAAAAUUCCUCUUCCAUUCAUUCAAAGGUGCUAAAGAAACAGAAAAAAGGAAUACUUACAGCAAAGAUGCUUCGAACACAGAUUUUGGCUGGCGUAUGCUGUCUACUCGUCACUGUUGCUAGUUUAAUAGAAUGUCGUUAUCUAGACCAAGACGACACACCACGUUUCAAACGUCAGACAGCAGACAUGAGAUUAUCAGAAUUACAUGCCAUGAGAGAAAUACUCAACAGAUUACCCACAGGAUGUUCGCAAUACGCAUGCGGGAUAGUGGAUAUAUUUAGAAGAUAUGACAAGAGAUCAUGGUCCGAUCAGCGAGUUGCCGAAAUUAAAGCUCUACUAGGUUUGAAGAACCAAGGAAAUGUUAUUGCUCAUGGUCUAUUUGAUCCUUACAAGAUAUUUGUCAGGAAACGCACUUCUUCCGAUCAACGCAUUGCAGAACUUCAAGCGCUUAUUGCGUUAGUUCAUGGUCGCGGUAACGUUGCACACGGACAGUUAGACCCAUCUCUCAUUGGAAGAAGGAAACGUGCAGCAGAAAAGCUAAAUAAAGCGUAUUCGAAACGAAGAGCUUUUGCUGAGGAAGAAACAAGCCAUUGAAGUGUUGUGAUUUUUCGUAUGUAUUAGUAUAUAAUUCCAUUA